AUGGAUCGAUCGUCACCGGAAAACCUAAUACUUGUGACCUGCCAACCAGAUGGGAUCGCUCUCGUGACGAUCAACCGCCCCAAAUCUCUGAACUCGCUAACGAAGUCGAUGAUGACGGAUCUGGCUAAGGCUUUCAAGUCCCUCGACGCCGACGACUCGGUUCUGGUUAUCAUACUGUCGGGUUCGGGCCGGUCUUUCUGCUCCGGCGUUGACUUGACUUCCGCCGAGGACGUCUUCAAGGGGGACGUGAAGGACAUGGAGUCCGACCCGGUGGCCCAGAUGGAGCGGUGUCGGAAACCGAUUAUCGGGGCGAUCGGCGGGUUCGCUGUCACAGCCGGGUUCGAGAUCGCUCUCGCUUGCGAUGUUUUGGUGGCUUCCAAGGGUGCCAAGUUCAUGGACACUCACGCUAGGUUUGGGAUAUUUCCUUCAUGGGGCCUUUCUCAGAAGCUUUCACGGAUUAUAGGGCCCAACAGAGCUCGUGAAGUGUCUUUGGCAGCCAUGCCCCUAACUGCAGAACAAGCUGAGAGGUUGGGUUUCGUGAAUCAUCUUGUUGAGGAAAGCGAAUUGCUGAAGAAAGCCCGAGAAAUUGCAACGGCCAUUAUAAAAAAUAAUCAAGACUUAGUGUUGAGGUACAAGUCAGUUAUAAAUGAUGGCUUAAAGCUGGACCUGGGUCACGCUCUCACGCUAGAAAAGGAGAGGGCUCAUGAAUAUUACAAUGGAAUGACGAAGGAGCAGUUUAAGAAAAUGCAGGAAUUCAUAGCUGGUCGAGGCUCAAAGAAACCUCCUCCUUCCAAGUUAUAGAUUUAAUCAUUUGCAAAAUUUACUUUUGUUGUAAAAUAAAUCACUUUUGGAUAAACAAAAGUUGAAAAUAGCAAUAAAUUUAUUGGUUGUCCAAUGAUACUUUUUGUGUAGGAGAGAGUAAUGUAUGCUUACUUGCCAGUUCUCUGUUAGUUGUGGAGUUACUGGUGGUUAUACUAGAGAGAUACAUAAGCUCCAGCAUUAUGUC